CAGUACCGUCUCACCGCCUACUGGGACCCAACAAUCCGGACCCACAUGUCAGAGACCGAAAUAAACUAGCAUAAGACACACCCCCAAAGCGGCCUCUCGCCGCACCAACAGCCAAUCCGGACCUCUCGCCUCCUCUCUCGCGUUGUCCUCGCCGCGCCCUGCUCCGGUUCCCCAAUCCUUCGCCCCGCCUCCGUUGCCUACCGUCUCCUCCGAGCCAGAUCGAUACAAGCGGAGCCGUGAUCCGGUCAACGCGCGGAGCGUGUUAGCCGGAUUCUCUCGCCGUCGCCUCCCCUCCCCUCCCGCCGCCGUCACCGCCGUUUCUGGUUGCCCGGGAUCAGCCGAGUUGGAUCUCGAGGCGUGAAGCGUUGCGGGCGCCCGGCGAGGAUACGAUGCCUGCGGUGCUCGCCGCAUUCGCUUGCCUCCGACUCCGAGCGGCCGCUGCCAUCGCCUUCGGGGACUCCUCCUUCCUCUGCUCCCAUCGUCUUAAGCAUCAUUUUAGUAGUAAUUUUAGUAUUAGUAAUUGUCUUUGACCUUUACGUUUCCUCCGUCACCCACACCCCCCUCCGGUUUCGUUCUGGUUGUGUUCGAUUCGUGGCUUCUUUGGCUCUGUCGCAGGAUCGAAAGGAGGCAAGGUGUUUUAACGUGGUUAUUACUACCUACAAGAUAACAGAAACUUGUAUUUGUAAUUUGAGAUCAAGCUUGUGGAUGGGCGAACCCUCAGCGGACUUCAGUGCUGAAGAUGUUAGUAGCAUCUCAGAUGAUUUGGCGGUUGAGGAAAUUGGAAUCGCUCUUACAGAAGUGACGACGAUCGAUCUGUUGGCGGUUGACGAAGGGUCAGGUCUGCAUGAAGAUUCUGAUGACGAUUACAUCGAUGAUCCAAUUCUUUCUCUGGAAUCUGAUUCAACUGAUGAUUUAGUGAACGUUGAUUUUAUAUCACCUGCCUUUCCUAUUGGUGGUGUAACAGAAUCAUCAAUUAGCAAUUCAGUUGCUGGGAAUUCUUCAAUUAAUGGCACUCCAAGGUUAGUUUCUGCAAUGAAAGGAACUCGUGCCAAGAAGGGAAUCAAAACAAAGUUGAGCGUUUCAUGGGCCACUGAUGUAUAUGACCCACCUAUUACUUCAGACUCGCACACUGUGAAAGGGCACCGUAAGAGUUCAACUAAGGGUAACUACAAAUACAAGUGUUCCAAGAGCAGCAGUAGCAGUAACCACAGUACCACUGGAAGCAAAAAGGACAAGAAGCAUUCUAGGCACCGUAGCAGCAGUGGGGGUGGCAGCAAAAGGGACAGGAAACAUUCUUACUGCAGUAGUGCUAGCAGCAACAGUAGCAGAGUUGUUACCAACGGUUCUCUAUAUGGUAACACAUGCAGUGGCGGUGGGAUCAGCAGCAGCAGCAGAACUACGACAUGUGUUCCUGAAUCUGCCAAGGUAUCUACAUUGAUGGUAGCUGAAAAUGCGACACCACAAGAGAGAGUUCCUGUAUUGAAGACACCGGAACCAAUCAAAUGUACUACCAGCUACGGCAAAGAGAAGCCAUUUGCCUUGCUGUCGCGCCAGUUUCCCCCUGCAAGAUACAAGGGGAUGUUCUCCUUCUGGAGCCAAAACCAGCUGGCUUCUUGAUAAUCUGCUAUACGGAAAGCUGCUAUACAGAAAGCUCACCUGGAAGUCUUGGUUGCUAAUUAAAUUGCACUGCAUCUGUGAUUGUUUUUUGGUGUCGUUCUCUUCGUUGCCAUGUUUCUUUUGCCUGCGUCUGAAACUUCAGAGAUCACGUUUUCGAAAAUUGCUCAGCGAAGUGCUUGUAUAUUUGAGUUUAUGUUGUUACUAUUUCCUCACCGAAUCGUGUAAUUCGCUUAUCAAUUUCAUCAUGUGUUUUGUAUUAUUCCAUUUGAGAUCAUGCACUAUUAUUUCCACACCUACACUGUAGCAAGGGACUGGUUUAGUCUUCUGUACUUUGGUUAUUAUGUUGGAAUUGCAACGAUUACAGUAAAUGAGAAUGACAUCA